UGACACAAGUACAACUAAACAGGAACAUACUGAAUCAUUUCCACUAGUUGAAGAUUUAGUACAAUAGUCAUGUCUCUAUUACAAUUCGUGUGUGUGUUUCUGCUCGUUUGUGGCGCAUGGCGUGCACCGGCAGGCGUGGCUGCAGCUGAGCGUGGCAUUGAAGAACGAAACGUCGAAGAUAAGAUGAUAGCCUUGACCGACAAGUUAAUCGACACCCUGGCAAACGGUCAUGUGGAUGAAUCGGUGAAUAUGUUUGAUCCGGAAGCUAUUAUCUCGGAUGAGGGUUAUCCUCCAGCUAUCGGAAAGGAAGCUAUCCAUAAGGUAGGAGAAAUUAUAGCCGCUAAAGUCGGCAGGGUGGAGAAACUCUACCUUGACGUGGCACCACUCGAGGAAGGGGCAGCCUUUGUCUACGUACUUCUUGGUCAAAAAUUGUACAAUCACGAGAACGAACUGUUUAAUGACAGAAAAGCGCUGAUCAUCUGGCGGAAUACCGACGACGGUUACAUGGUCUACCGACUGAUGUCCAACUCAAACGUCUAACAGUCGUCUGAUAAAAUGACCCGUGUUGGUUUACUCCUAUAUUGAUUAUAUGUUUCUAAAUCUGAACUUAAAUUGAAGAGUACUCAAAGGCAUUGGGAACCCUUUGUAAUUGUCAAAGACGAUGAGUAUUUUCACUUGGUGUAUCGUAACAUGUGCAUAUAAUAAUAAACCUGUAAAA